UUGGAAACCUCGAUUUGGAAUUAUCUUGUCAACAGUGACGCCUUCUGCAAAUUCUUCAAAGUUUAGCAUUUACUAGUUUCACAUUUAACGUCAAAAUGGCUAAUCUUGGGGUGAAUGAACAUCAUCAAGCUCAAGUAGUUAAUUACAUGAGGUUUACCCGUUAUCAAAGAGGUCAGAGGUUAAGAGCUGUUGAGAUGUGUUUUGAGGAACUAAAGAACAGCAGAUUGGAUGAAACGACUUACACCAUUGAUGAGGUGACAGACAUGUUGGAUGGGCUGCUGUCAGUUGUGCGGGGGGAAGUGGAGGGAGAGUUAGAUAACACUGCUUAUACAAAUGUUCUACUUCUGAGGCAGAUGUUUCAGCAGGCAGAAAAGUGGCACCUCAAACUACAGGCAGAUAUCUCAGAAUUAGAAAAUAGAGAAUUAAUAGAAACUAUAGCAGACUUUGAACAAAGGGAAUUUGCUGGGACAACAAGAGACACAGAUUUCAACAGUGUAUUAAAGAAAAUGAAAUUAGCUCCAAUCAAUGAAUCUGGCGGAGCAGCUCUACUACACAUGAAAAUUGAGGAAUUAGAAAGAGAAAAUCUUAAACUAUCAGAAAAAACAAAACAAAUGGAGCAGCAAGUCAAAGCUUUAGGAGGAACGGUGGCAGCUAGUGCUGUAACUUCCUCUGUUGCAGGCAGAUCAAAUCAGAAUGAUGGGGAAGUGGAUGAUCUAAGAAAGAAAUUGUCCAAUCUUGAAUCAGAUCUUGAUAGUACAAAAAGAAGCAAUGCCAGUUCAUCAAACGCAAUGGAAAAAGAUUUAGUGUCAACAAAGCACGAGUUGCUUCGAAUUAGAGAAAUGUUGGAAAUGGCUGAAAAGGAACUUGAGAAGAAAGUCAGUCAAACCAACCCAUUCAAAAAUCUAAAGCAGAUGCUAAUGAAGAAAAACGACCAACUGAAGGACCUCAGACGGAGACUAGCAAAAUAUGAGAAAGUUGAUGAUGUUGAGUAAUAUUUGAAUGGUGAGAUGUACACAUCUAACUGUUUUAUAUUGGAAGAGGAAUGAGCAAGGUUUAAA